AUGGCUCUCACCAUUAAUGCGUCCGCAGAGCAGAAAAAACUCACGCAGACGCCCCUGCUCAAGAUCUGGGUGCCAUGGAUGAGCUGCAACUUGAACCGCAGGAGGGGAUCCUCGGUGCCUCAGUUCUGUAACUCUCCUACGAUGAUUGUGAUGGUGGGACUGCCGGCCAGAGGGAAGACAUACAUCUCCAAGAAGCUCACCCGCUACCUGAACUGGAUUGGAGUUCCGACAAAAAUGUUUAAUGUGGGCCAGUACCGAAGGGAGGCCGUCAAGAUCUACAAGAACUUUGAGUUCUUUAAACCUGAUAAUGAGGAGGCCAUGAAAAUCCGCAAGGCCUGUGCCGCAGCUGCGCUGAAAGACGUCACUGCCUACUUCACAAAGGAACAGGGACAAGUAGCCGUAUUUGAUGCUACCAACACCACCAGGGAGAGGAGGGCAGUUAUCAUGAGUUUUGCAAAGGAGAGGGGCUACAAGGUGUUCUUUGUGGAAUCCAUCUGUGAUGACCCAGAAAUCAUUGCGGAGAAUAUCAAGCAAGUGAAAUUUGGGAGUCCAGAUUACGUGGAUCGUGACAUAGAUGAAGCCAUGGAAGACUUCAUCCAGCGCAUCGAUUGUUACAGGGCCAGUUACAUGCCUAUAGAUGAUGACAGAGACAGGAAACUCUCCUACAUCAAGAUCUUUGACGUGGGCAGUAGAUACCUGGUGAACCAGGUCCAGGACCACAUUCAGAGCAGGAUAGUCUACUACCUCAUGAACAUCCACGUCACACCGAGGUCCAUCUAUCUGAGCCGCCACGGAGAGAGCGAACUCAACCUGUUGGGUCGCAUCGGCGGAGAUUCAGGCCUCUCCCCCAGAGGACAUAAGUAUGCUAAUGCCUUGGCAGCCUUCAUCAAGAGUCAGAAUAUCAGUGACCUGAAGGUGUGGACGAGCCACAUGAAGAGGACCAUCCAGACUGCAGAGGCUCUGGGAGUCCAGUAUGAACAGUGGAAGGCUCUCAAUGAGAUAGACGCUGGUGUAUGUGAGGAGCUAAGCUACGAGGAGAUUCAGGAGAAUUUCCCAGAAGAGUUUGCACUGAGAGACCAGGACAAGUAUCGUUAUCGUUACCCCAAGGGUGAGUCCUACGAGGACCUCGUCCAUCGUCUAGAGCCGGUCAUCAUGGAGCUGGAACGACAGGAAAAUGUGCUGGUCAUCUGCCACCAGGCCGUGAUGCGCUGCCUGCUGGCCUACUUCUUAGACAAACCCGCAGAUGAGCUGCCUUAUCUGAGAUGCCCCCUUCACACGGUGCUCAAACUCACACCGGUGGCCUACGGGUGUAAGGUUGAGCCCUUUUUCCUUAAUAUUGAAGCAGUCAACACACACAGAGAGAGGCCAGGGAAUGUCGACAUCAACAGAAACCCAGAGGAAGCUCUGCGCACCGUUCCUGACCACAUAUAAACGCCGUUUCGUGAGAGAGGAGCUAAAACCAAGGGAAAACCGGACGUGCCGCCACUGAUUAGCUUCACUAAAACAUUACUGAUGCACUCCAGCUAAAGCUUGAUAUGUGUGACAGCAGGAAGGAAGCGGGGGCUUCAAAGCCGAAGAAGACGAGGUGGUAGAAUUGGGAAAGUUGAAGAAGUAACAUGGACCCCACCUGCAGUGACCGAAAAGGACGUGACCUACAGAUGUUACUGGAGGUUCUGUUUUUUAACGUGUCUGUGCAAUGUUUCCCUCUGUCUUAUCUGACUAGAGUUUGCUUUUCUCGACAUUUCCGAAAGUGUCUUCAUUGUUCACGAGCGAUUUAGAGGAAGUAAGCAAUGCGCUGCGCACCGAGGCUGAGAGGAAAAAC